AUGGCGGAGGGCAGAACGGUGAUCGAUUGGGCCAACGCGAAGCGAGAGGAGGAGCUGAGGCAGCCGAUGAGGGACGACGCGCGGACACCCGACGAGGCCUCCGCGUUCCAGCAGCAAUACACCGCGGCCAAAAUGGAGGACACGGUCUGGGAGGACCUGAAGGUGCGCAUAGGCGUGCCCUAUCUCUUUUGCCACCAAGGCAACUGCGAGCACCGCGUCAUCAUCAACGACAUCAGGCUCGCGACGAAGGAAGACGAGAGGAACAAGAACGCGUAUCCGCUUCAGACCUUCCAGAGCAAGAUUCGUCGCAAGAAAUGCACCAUCUGCGACAUCUAUCCCGCAUCGUAUCUGACCUACAACGACGAGCUGAGCCCACAGAACCCGUGUUUCUUCUGCGAGAAGUGCUACGCCCCGUUCCACUACGCCUACGACAGCCGCGGCACGCUCCUGCUCAACCACGACGUCUUCAAGUACCACCACGAGUAA